UCUUAAUCACUUUUCAGUUUGCGCUUGAUAAUUUUAUUAUUUUUUUUUGCUAUUUAUUUAUUUAUUUAUUCACUCCUUUAUUUUUCAUGCAGGAGGCAGACAUCUCUGCAGCAUCCUUCGCUUACACUCCCCUCCGAGGCCAAGUGGUGGACUACAGUAUUCCCUUCUUGGUGCAGUACUCAACCAUCGUCGGUAAACUAGGACAGCCAGAAUUAGAUCCCUGGAGUUUUCAUCUGCCGCUGGACGCUUAUGUGUGGUUGAGCAUCUUAAUAACCCUCCUACUUGUUCCUGUUGUCAUGUUUCUAUUGUCUUGGAGUUCCUCUUCACUCUCGACUCGGCGUCGUUCCAGCUGGAGUAGGGACGUCUUCCAACUACUUCGUGUUUUGUUACAGCAAGACAUAUCAACAUCCCAUGACUCAUGGCGGCGACGCGGAGUUAUGGCCACCUGGCUGCUGGUAGCAUUAGUGCUAGUUAGGAGCUACGCCAGCAACCUUAUGUCAGUGAUGGCGGUACGUUAUGUCCAACAGCCAUACCAGAGCUUAAGGAAUGUACUUGACGAUCCUAGUGUCACUAUGAUCUGGCAAACCAACUCCAGCAGAGUGGAGUACUAUCGUUCAGCAAGGUCCGGGAUAUUCCGGGAAGUGGCCGAAAGGGAGAAGGCUGGCGGCAUCAAGUUACAAUUGCUCCACGAAUUCUGGAGAAGCAUGGACACCUUGCUUCAGAGAGGAGAUCACGUUCUUGUUGCAGUGGAGAUCAUAUCACGCAUGUUGAUCAGCCGUGACUUUACAAAAAGAGGGCAAUGUGAUUUUUAUACUGCAAAAGAACGCAUUCUGCCAGUUUUCCUAUCUGUGGCGGGGCAAAAGGGAAGCCCCAUUGUACCUCAACUCAACAGAAGAAUUAUGGCAAUCCAGGAAGCAUGGUUGUAUGAUUUAUGGGUUGAGAAUAAUAUAAAUAAUUCUACUGCCUGUGCUCAGACGCCGUCGCGGAUCACUAACAGCUCCUCCCUGUCACUACAACAUCUGUGGGUACGUAUUGAAAACCUGCGCCAACCAGCCUCCAUUUUUACCUCAGCCACAGCGGUAUAAAGCAUUACAUUUAUGCUUACCUAGAUAAAGCUGGUCGUGCAUGAGCGAAAAGAUUCAUAGAAAACCCUGCAAUUAACAGCUAAACUGAUGUACAAUGCUGGUCCCCUUUCCACUGUGGUUCUAAAUGUUAUUUUAUUGUUUUUAUGCAACAAAUAAACAAACUUACUGAAGUGAAACAUCUUAUCUUGUGUAUGAGCCUUGACCGCUGAGGACGUUGGUAUCAUCAUAUUUACACCAUCAAGUGUAAAUAUGAUAAGGAACCAUCUGGUUCACAGUUUUUUUUUUACCAAUCUAAUCAAGUCAUUCACGUAUAAGAUAAACUGUAAGCAUGAUGUCGGUGACUCUUGUCUGACCUCUAUACAUGUUGCAAUCACUGCUACAUGUAGCAGGCUAUAGAUGUACGUUGUUGGUGCAUUAGUCUCUGCUUAGCGUUAUCAACCUCCCAGUAUGAAUGUUGGAAUGCAAUCUAAUUUAGAUAACACAUUUAAAUCGGGACAAAGACUCACACAUUCUGGUAUCUGAUAAUCGGUAUGUUAUUAAUGCUUAAGAAUAAGAUUAACUCCCAAAUUCUUGCAGGGCAUGAUGGCAGUGUUAGCAGGCAGCCAUAUUAUGGGAUUACUCCUUCUCAUCUGGGAGAUGCGAUCCUCACCUAUCAAAACCUCUUAAAUCUAUAAAAAAAAAAAAAA